ACGUUUUAUGUUGUUAUUUUAAUUUAUUUUGAUAUUUUCUGACAUGUCGUUGAUAUAUUUGAGAAUUGAAAAAAGUAUUUGGACAAUCUGGCUAUCUUUCUAACUAUACAAUCAAUUAAAAUACACCAUUAUAGACAAGUCAAACAAACAGCUUCGGUCCAUGCUAGGUUUACAUUACCGUUAGCUAGCUGUUUGUUUACGUUAUGCGACAAACGUAGCAAGCUAACUUACUCACCAACAUGUCUCAGUUGCCAUUAGGAUUUCUCGCUGUAUGAUAAUCGCCAUUGUAACAAAGUUGUGUUUGAUACGACGUCUUAUACAGCUAGAUAACCAGCUACGCUAGCUGGCUUGGUACUGUUAAUAUUGUUGUGGAUAUAGCUAGCUUGAUAUUUGCUACCAUAGCUGUUAUCAGAGAUUUGUUGUCAGUUUAGUAAGUAACAAGAACAUAGCUGGCUAUAUUGUUAGUCUUUAGCUAGCUACUUGACUCAAACAAAGUGUCAGCAAACGAUUUGUCUAGUUAGCAUACCGUUCAAACUCUGUUUUGCAGUCGAAUGUCAUUGUUUGAGGGCUUGAGGCUAUGGACAGGGCCUAUUAGCUUCAGCGAGCAAAGCAGUUCCAAAAGUAGCCACUGGUUUACAGUAGGUUUAGCUUCGUACUAUAGCUAUUUUUAUAUUUGUCAGAUGAAAAAUUCAAAAGAAAAGUUUUUAUAUUUUAGGAAGAGAAGAGGAAAGUUGCUAACCAAUGUUUUUCAAAUGUAUACAGCAGGAAUGCCUAAUUUGUCAAUGAGACCAAAACAUCCAGGCCUAACAACUGUUCUGCACUUGUUGAUCUAGAAUAGACUGUUCUUCUUUCAUAUUUUCUGUUGCCUGUCAAUGAUUAUGAAUACUGUGCCAUUGCACACUUUAGGCUCUAGCAAAUCUGAUUCAACUAAUAAAGGAUUUUGUUGACCAGUUUGGCUAAAUCAGUUAUACCAGUAGUGAAACAAAACUGUAGGGGUUAUGGGAGGAUUGCAAAAUGUUGAGCUAUUGUCUGUUACCUUGUUGAGUGGUUCUCAAACCUCUACUCGGGGACCCCUAGUUGUUCUAUGUAUUUGCUAUAUUCCAGAGCUAGCACACCUGAUUCAACCUGUCAACGAAUCAUCAAGCCCUUGACUAGGUGAUUCAGGUGGUAGUGAAUGCGGUAGAGUCCCAGUCUAGGUAUGGAGCAGUGUGCGUGUGUGGAGCGGGAGCUGGAGAAGGUGCUCCAUAGGUUCGUCAUGUACGGACACCAGUCAGAGGAACGUCUGGACGAACUACUACGCAGCGUCUGUGAGCUACGGGGACAGCUGGUUACAUUCGGGGUACAAGAUGCAGAUCUUUCGGUGCUGUCGCAGACCAUGGCCCAGUGUUGUAAGAACAUUAAAGAAACAGUACAGCUGCUGGCCUCCAGACACAAGGACAUCCAUGGCAGUGUCUCCAAAGUCGGCAAAGCUAUCGACAGGAACUUUGAUGCAGAGGUGAGUGCAGUGGUAGCAGAGACCGUGUGGGACUCACCUGAGAGACAGAAGUACCUGAGUGAGACCAUUGUGGAACACCUGUACAGACAAGGCAUGCUGAGCGUGGCAGAGGACCUAUGUCAGGAGUCUGGAGUAGUGAUUGACAUGAGCAUGAAGCAGCCGUUUUUGGAACUCAACAGGAUCCUGGAGGCCUUGAGGAUGCAGGAUCUCAGACCAGCACUAGAGUGGGCAGUAACAAACCGGCAGCGCCUGCUGGACCUGAACAGUACCCUGGAGUUCAAGCUGCACCGCCUCUACUUCAUCAGCCUGUUAAACGGAGGCAUCACCAACCAGCUGGAGGCGCUACAGUACGCCAGGCACUUCCAGCCCUUCGCCUCACAGCACCAGAGAGACAUCCAGAUCCUCAUGGGUAGUCUGGUGUACCUGCGGCACGGCAUAGAGAACUCUCCCUACCGCUCUCUGUUAGAGACCAACCAAUGGGCUGACAUCUGUAACAGCUUCACCAGGGACGCCUGCGCUCUGCUGGGGCUAUCUGUAGAGUCACCUCUCAGUGUCAGUUUUGCAUCAGGCUGCAUGGCUCUGCCCGUCCUGAUGAACAUCAAACAGGUGAUUGAACAGAGACAGUGUAGUGGAGUCUGGACACACAAGGACGAGCUGCCUAUUGAGAUAGAUCUGGGGAAGAAGUGCUGGUACCACUCUGUGUUCGCCUGUCCCAUCCUCCGACAGCAGACGUCAGAGAGCAACCCUCCCAUGAAGCUCAUCUGUGGACACGUCAUCUCCAGAGACGCCCUCAACAAACUCACCAACGCUGGAAAACUGAAAUGUCCCUACUGUCCCAUGGAGCAGAACCCGUCAGAUGCCAAGCAGAUCUUCUUUUGAUCCCCCAUCCUGUUUCCUGAAACCCCCAGGCAAAGUGGAGCUCCUUUGAGCUACAGUAGCGACCUGCUACCCCAGGACCCCUGUAAAUCCCCCAUCCUACCUCCUGAGAGAGAGAGAGAGAGAGAGAGAGAGAGAUCUCAAAAGGAUCAUUCAUUCAUUGACACUCAUUUGCAGCUACCUGCAGAACUUAUAGGCUAAUAGGCUAAUUCUUGUUAAGGAUGUGAUGAUGCGUUUUCAUGGGGUAUCAAGUUGAGUUGUAGAGUUUUUGGACGACUGCUCUGUUCCUUGUUUCUUUCCUCAAUAUAUCCAUCUGUAGGCUUUCCUCAGAACACAGAAUCCUCUAUAUAUCCCUCUGUAGGCUUUCCUCAGAACACAGACUCCUCUAUAUAUCCAUCUGUAGGCUUUCCUCAGAACACAGAAUCCUCUAUAUAUCCAUAUGUAGGCUUUCCUCAGAACACAGAAUCCUCUAUAUAUCCCUCUGUAGGCUUUCCUCAGAACACAGACUCCUCUAUAUAUCCAUCUGUAGGCUUUCCUCAGAACACAGAAUCCUCUAUAUAUCCCUCUGUAGGCUUUCCUCAGAACACAGACUCCUCUAUAUAUCCAUCUGUAGGCUUUCCUCAGAACACAGAAUCCUUUAUAUAUCCACCUGUAGGCUUUCCUCAGAACACAGAAUCCUCUAUAUAUCCAUCUGUAGGCUUUCCUCAGAACACAGAAUGGUCGGUUGAAUGGAUGUUAGGUGAUGUGACAUGGUUUUUAGGAAGUUGUCUGAUUUCAGGAGAGUAUUUAAACUUCUAUAUUACAGAGGUAAAGCUAAGUGGCCUCUGAGAAAGUAUAUUCACAUAUAUAUUGUAUUGAGAGGUUGUGAUUGGCUGAUAGGUUGAGGUGACCGUGGUUACAGUUUGUGAAUGGAACACUGAUUGUAAAAAAAAAAAGUAAAGUCUUGCCUAUUGGUUAUGAUGUAAUAAAGGCCCUGAUUGGUUGAAAGUCACUAUGGGUUACAGUACAUGUAUGUGUGAUGAUCAGCAGUUGUGAUCAUGGAGAGGUCGAGGGUCAAUGGGCUGAUUGAUUUUGCAACUGCCUCCAAUAACAAUAAUUUUCCUGUUUCUCGUUCUGUGUAGGCCGAUGUAUUUAACAAAAACAAAUGAUACUACUGUGAAGUCUGAUUUAGUUUUUAUUUAUCAUCGCUAGAAUCAAGUCUCCUGUAAAAUAGUGAAACCUAAAGUAACUUUAUACCUUUUUAUGAAAUAUCAUUCUGCCACAAAAUAGCAACAUCAGUAUUGGAUCCAUGAUUAAAUCCUUCUCCUUGAACCAAACGGAUAACUCCCAGUCCAUGAAAUGGUGAUGUCAUACCAGCCCAUGAAAUGGUGAUGUCAGCAAGGUCUGCACCAGCAUAUCUUUAACAGCCGACACAUGGUAGCAGUCAGCCAUUAUAUCAACUCUGCACUGAUCUCCAGUCAGAAUGAAUGAUGGUAACAGGUCUUUAUUUGUGCGUACAUGUUUCUUUUGUGUUUAGUUGAUUUGACAUUUUAUUUCCUGCUUUUGGUUGACAAUCAUUCACCUCCUUUCCCAGAAUACAUUAGGAUCUGUUAUGGCUUCUUCUUUGGGUUCUUUUUCUUUUCCAGCAGUCAGAGUUAUUGAGUUCUUGUCUGAUAGGUUUGCCUUUUACCUGCUUCUUUAUUCAAGUUUUAUUGUACAUAUUUAUUCUCUAACAUGUUUCAUAUUAUACUUGCAUCUUGAAAUGGAAUAAAAACUUUAUACUCCAA